UUUCUCUUUGGACAUAAGCAAGAGCCAAGGUAAAAGGGAUCAGCCAUUUGAAAAGAAGCCUGUGUGCCACCAGGAUGCCUAUGAAGUGGAUUUCAGUUCUGCUGCUGCUACAGCUGAGUGGUCACUUCAGCCCUGGGAGUUGUGGAAAGGUGCUGGUGUGGCCCACAGAAUACAGCCACUGGAUCAACAUGAAGACCAUCCUGGAUGCACUGGUCCAGAGAGGUCAUGAAGUGACUGUUCUGACAUCUUCAGCUUCAAUUCUUGUUGAUCCCAAUAAACCAUCUGCUAUUCAAUUUGAGGUUUUUCCUACAUCUUUAACAAAAGAUGAUUUUGAGGAUGUUUUCAUGCAGCUGGUUUCUAAAUGGACAUAUAUGCCAAAAGAUACAUUUUGGACUUAUUUUUCAUUAAUUCAAGAUCUCACUCAUAAAUUUACUGAUUGUAUUCAAACACUAUGUAAAGAUGUAGUUUUGAACAAGAAACUUAUGACAAAGCUACAGGAAUCAAGGUUUGAUGUCGUUCUUGCAGAUGCCAUCGGACCCUGUGGUGAGCUGCUGGCUGAGCUACUUAAAAUACCUUUUGUGUACAGUCUCCGUGCCUCUGCUGGCUAUACAAUUGAAAAGUACAGUGGAGGACUUCCAUUCCCUCCAUCCUACGUACCUGUUGUCUUGUCAGAAUUUCGUGACCAAAUGACAUUCAUGGAGAGAGUAAAAAAUAUGAUGUAUGUGCUUUAUUUUGACUUCUGGUUCCAAACAUUUAGUGAGAAGUGGGAUCAGCUUUGCAGCGAAGCACUGGGAAGACCCACUACAUUAUUCGAGUUAAUGAGAAAAGCAGAAAUAUGGUUUAUUCGAACCUAUUGGGAUUUUGAAUUCCCUCGCCCACUCUUGCCACAUUUUCAAUUUGUUGGAGGUCUCCACUGCAAACCUGCUAAGCCUCUGCCUAAGGAAAUGGAAGAUUUUGUCCAGAGCUCUGGAGAAAAUGGUAUCGUGGUGUUUUCCCUGGGGUCGAUGGUCACUAACAUGACAGAAGAAAGAGCCAAUGUGAUUGCAUCAGCCCUUGCCCAGGUUCCUCAAAAGGUUAUAUGGAGAUAUGAUGGCAAAAAACCAGAUACCUUAGGGCCAAACACCCGGCUCUAUAAAUGGAUCCCCCAGAAUGACCUUCUUGGUCAUUCAAAAGCCAAAGCCUUUAUAACUCAUGGUGGAACCAAUGGCAUCUAUGAGGCGAUCUACCAUGGGAUCCCUAUGGUGGGCCUUCCUAUGUUUGCGGAUCAACCUGAGAACAUUGUUCACAUGAAGACCAAGGGAGCAGCUGUCAGAUUGGACUUCAACACUAUUUCAAGUACAGAUUUGCUCAAUGCAUUGAAGACUGUCAUUAAUGACCCUUCAUAUAAGGAGAAUGCUAUGAAAUUAUCAAGAAUUCAUCAUGACCAACCAGUGAAGCCUCUAGAUCGAGCGGUCUUCUGGAUCGAGUUUGUCAUGCGCCACAAAGGAGCCAAACACCUGCGGCCAGCCGCCCUUGACCUCACCUGGGUCCAGUACCACUCUUUGGAUGUGAUUGGGUUCCUGCUGGCCUGUGUGGCAACUGCUACAUUUGUCAUCACAAAAUGUGUUCUGUUGUGUUACCAGAAGUUUGCUAAACCAGGAAAGAAGAAAAAACGGGAGUAGUUGUUUCAGAGGCCUGAAGCUGAUAUGCCUGAAGCUGAUUUGCCUCAUAAAUGGGACUCCUUCAGUUUUUUCAGCACAAUGAAGUUCUAACAUAAGGAUCCCUUCUUCCUGUGACAAAAUGACUUCACAAUUUAGCUUCUAAGAUCAACAUUUGUUUUCAAGUGAUUUAGAUAAAAGUUUAUUUCCAAGUGGUUUACUACUUAUUUGAGGUAGAAAUAUUUCAUCCCAAAGAGAAAAAUCUUGGAAAAAUUAAAAAUAACUAACUCUUUGGGACUAUAUUGAACUUUACUGCUCUAAUUCACAAGCAAUACCAAAAAUAUUAUUGAGUUAAACAGUGUUUUAAAUAUUGUGCAUGACACAAAAAUCAUGAAGAAGUCUACUCAUAGUAUCCAUAGUAUUUUGCACUCAGAGUAUUUUAACUAGGAAUUCUGUAAAAAGGUUCACCCUUCCAUUUCAUUUUGGGAGACUAGUAAUGCUCCCUGGCUUUUAUUAUACAUCCAACCUCAGAAUCACUUCUUACCUAAAGACAUGGCAAGUAAUUUGCCUUCAUGCAGUUUAGCUCAUUUUCCAGUGGAAUAUUCAUUGAAUUAGCAAGCUAUUUGCUUUCUAUUGUAAAGUUGAGCUAUUUAUGAAAAUCUUCUAUUUCAAAAGCUAAAUUAUCUCUUUCUUGUGGCCUUUAAAAAUGUUCACCUGACCUGAUCGCUUUCACUCUCAUUUUCAGCCUUCAAUAAUGGAUGUAAGGCCCCAAUUGUAGAAUAAGUUAAUAUAGAACCUGUACUCAUAUAAGGACUUAUUGUACUUUCAUUCUCUCUAAAUUUGUAUAUGUAUAUAUAUUUCUUUCAGAAUAAGAUGGAGCAUCACUUAUCUAUCGACAGAUAUAGUGUGAAAUUUAAUGUUUUGGUUGAGCACAAUUUGAAAAAAUUAUGAUUAUUCUAUGUAACUAUACUAGAUUGGCAUAUCUGUCUCAUUCUUUUGUCUCUUUCCUUAGGACAUUGUUGCCCCAUUCCUCCCAUAACUCUUAUAUGUAAAUAUUCAAUUCUUUGUUGUGACAAAAUAAUUACCAUUUUUAUUAAACCUGGGCACACUAUGACUGACUUAAUAUGUUCCAAUGAAAAGAAUACAAAAAUUAUAUAAAUAUUAAGGGAAAUUGGUAAAUCAAACCAAAGGAAUCUGAAAGUUCUCCUAAAACCUGAACAUUAGGACAACACUUUAUGAACAAAUUGGUCCAAGAUAGGAAAAUCAUUUAUCGAUCUUCAUUGGCCAAGAAGACCACCAUCAAAGUCUUACAACAAACAAUUUCCAGAUGAAGGCAUAAAAUUUAUUUUGAAAAUAAAUUAAAACUUUGAUGAUGGGGAAAAUAUAGGAAAAAACACAGAGUUUUCCAUGCAACUCCUGUAGAUAAUGGACACAUUUUGAGAGACAAAUAGAACUGCCCAACUGGUAUGGCUCAGUGGUUGAACGUUGACCCACGAACCAGGAUGUCAUGGUUCAAUCCCCAGUCGGGGCACUUGCCUGGGUUGUAGGUUCGAUCCCCAGUAGUGGGUGUGCAGGAGGCAGCCUAUGGAUGAUUCUCUCUCAUCAUUGAUGUUUCUAUCUCUCUCUCCUUCUCCUUUCCUCUCUCUGAAAUCAAUAAAAAUAUUUUAAAAAUUAAAAAAGAGACCAAUGGAACUAAUAUAGUGCCAUAGUAGAUAAUAUUAUUAAAUCAUGCAUUGAGACUUAAAUGACUUGCCUCAAAAUAUAUCCUGUAACAGAAAAGUUUUUGUAGACAUUGUAUAGUGAGAACUAGUACAAAUCUCCAACAAAAAAAUCAGUCAAAACUGCAUUUAUGAAAAUAGUGAAUAUGAAUAGGAAAUUCACAAAAGUAAAAUGGUCAAUAAAACAUAAAAGAUGACAAAAAUCACUGAUGCUUUGGAAGGUGAAAAAUUAAGUCAUUAAAUUAAUUUCGUACAGUUAAUUUUCCAAACAAUUUAUCUGGUAAAACUAUUUUUAAGGAAGUAUGAUGUGGAAAUACCCUAUACCUCAUCUUCCCCACCAGUGAAAUGCAGAUAAACAUAUGGUAUUAACUACCUCAUGGAGUUGUGGAAGGGGUGAAUGUAUUAACAUUGUAAAGCAAUAAAAACAGUUGCUG